AUGAACGUACAAGGAGGGUACCAAUUCGUCUCGUACCCCGACGGGCGCGCCAGGGGAUUCUACGUUCCCGGUGUGCCGAUUUCUGGUCCCCCGCGGUACAGCGACUCCUCCGCAGACAUCAACCGAUUCCCUCCGGCUGAGAUCAGAGUAGACACGAGGCAAAGGGCCAUCUGCCAUGCGUGUAGUAACCCUAUUGCCUCCCCGACCGCCAGGGGAUAUUGCGAGAACUGCAUUGGUAUGAUCAGGCAAGGUCAAAUCGGAAGGCGUGCAGGUGGUCAAACUUCAUACGCCCACCCUUCCACUGCCACUAGCCAAGCUGCCUGGCGGGCGAAGACUUGGGGGGAAUCUGUCCGUGGCUUCUGGCGUCGUAUGUUCUGUGUUUAA